AUGUUGCUUGUCUAUCAACUUCCUUUAGUCUCCGACCCUCCUGCAAAAGCAAGAGAGAAGAUAGCAAAAUUUAUAGGAGGAAAAAGAGAAGAAAUUAUUUUUACCUCUGGGGCAACGGCGGGGAUUAAUCUCGUUGCUAGAGCAUGGGGGGAUACUUAUAUUAAAGAAGGAGAUGAGAUAUGUUUAUCUGUUGCUGAGCAUCAUGCAAACCUCCUUCCUUGGCAACAACUAGCAAAAAGAAAAAAAGCACAAUUAAAAUUUAUACCCAUAAAUAAGGAGACAAAAGAAUUAGAUAUAAAUAUUGCGGUGUCUUUGUUGUCCCCUAAAACCCGCAUAUUAGCGCUUGCAUGCACAUCUAAUGUUCUUGGGGCUUUGCUGCAGCAGCAGCAGCUGCAGCAGCUGCUGCAGCAAGCUAAAUUGAUCAACCCUAACAUUAUUACUCUUGUUGAUGCAGCACAGGCUCUCCCACACAUACCCCUGCAUGCACCUUCAUUAGGUGCUGAUUUCUUAGUAGGCAGCAGCCAUAAGAUGUUCGGGGGGACGGGGAUCGGCUUCUUAUGGGGGAGGAAGUUGCUGCUGCAGCGCAUGCAGCCAGAUAACUACGGAGGAGAAAUGAUACAACACGUGAGCUUCGAUAGGAGCACCUUUACGGAUCCUCCUUGGCGGUUUGAGGCGGGGACUUUGCCCAUCGCGCAAAUUAUUGGAUUUGCUGCUGCUGUUGAUUUCCUUAAUCAAGUCGGCAUGAAUAAUAUAGCAGCAGCAGAUCAGAAGUUAGCUAAAACCCUGAUGGAGGCCGUUGAGGAUUUCCCCAGAGUACGAAUCCUCUCCGUCACCCCUUGGGGGCAGCAGCAGCAACAGCAGCAGCAACAGCAGCAGCCGCAGCAAAAGGGUGCAGCAAGAGCAGCAGCAGCAGCAACAACAGCAGCAGCAGCAAAGAAGAUGGUUCCUAUAUGCAGUUUUAUUAUUGAGGGUUUGUCUCCCUUUGAUUUAGCUCUCUGUGUAGACCAGUGGUAUCAUGUACACCUUAGAGCAGAUUUCAUUCCGCUAUGCUAA